CUGCAGCCUGACUUGCACUUGGGUGUGUCAAUGUAAAAUAACAGAGAUGUCUCAAAAAGAACAUAUCCUCCUGUAACUGAAUCAUUCCAGAUCACUUGCUCCCUCGAAGAAGAGUCACUGUCAACAAAAUGGAGACAACAGCCCCAUCCAAGAUAACCAAGGCCAACACCACCUUCCUUCUGGCUUUAUUCAAAAAGCUGAGCAAUGAAGACAAGACCGGGAAUAUCUUCUUCUCCCCGUUCAGCAUCUCUUCAGCCCUGGCUAUGGUGAUGAUGGGGGCCGGGGGCAACACGGCCACACAGAUGUCCAAGGUCCUCUGCUUCACUGAGGAACAGCAACCGGCGUCGGAGGAGGCACAGCCAACAGAUGGGCGGUCUGCGAUACAGUCGCAGAUGCAGGUGCGGAUGCAGAUGACGAUGCAGUUGAAGCAGUGCAGCAAACUGCCAAACUAUCUGCGCAAGCACCUGAAACCCCAGGAUGAUGAAGAAAAUGUCCACAGCAGUUUUGCCAAGCUGCUGACUGCCGUCAACAAGCCAGAUGACGCCUAUGCUCUCAGCACUGCUAACAGGCUGUAUGGGGAGAAGACCUUUGAGUUUAAAGAGGAGUUCUUAGCAGAAACCCAAAAACACUACCAAGCCGAGCUGGAGCCUGUGGACUUUAUAAAAGAGUAUGAGGCAGCCAGGGUCCACAUCAAUGAGUGGGUUGAGGAGCAGACAAAAGGUAAAAUCAAGGACUUGCUGGUAGAGGGCGUGUUGGACGACAAGACCAAGCUGGUACUGGUCAAUGCCAUCUACUUCAAAGGCUUCUGGAACCAAAAGUUCAACAAGGAUGAGACUGUUGAUGCUCAGUUUAGAAUUAACAAGAGUGACACUAAGCCAGUGAAGAUGAUGAGCCAGAAAAGUGAAUUCCUUUUCACCAUGGUUCCUGAUCUCAGUUUCAAGAUCCUAGAGAUGCGCUAUAAAGGAGAAGAGCUCAGCAUGUUCAUCUUCCUGCCCAAUGACAUAGAGGACGACACAACAGGCUUGGAGAAGCUGGAGGCGCAACUGACCUAUGAGAAAUUUGUGGAGUGGACUCGUUCAGACCUGAUGCGUAAAACUGAUGUUAAAGUGGGUCUGCCUCGAUUCAAGCUGGAGGAGACCUACGACAUGAAAAAUGUCCUGGUCAGCAUGGGCAUGGUGGACGCAUUUGAUGUCGGAAAGAGUGACUUUUGUGGCCUUUCCACAGCCACCAACCUGGUACUGUCAAAAGUCGUUCACAAGAGUUUCGUGGAUGUCAAUGAGGAGGGAACUGAGGCUGCUGCUGCCACUGCUGCCUCUGUAUCAGUUCGCUCUCUUCCACCCACGUUCGUCGCAGACCACCCCUUCCUCUUCUUCAUCCGACAUAACUCGACCAACAGCAUUCUCUUUGCUGGCCGAUACUGCUCUCCGGAGUAAGCACUGCUGUGUGUGCUGCAGACAUGGAUGGAUUAUGAGACAAAGGCACCCGGGGCACAGACAUGUAAGGGGCCUCCAUCCCUCCUUCAUAAAAUCAAGAGACACAUAUUUAAAGAGACAUUUUUUGGCCACUCUGUCUCUUUUUGGUUGUUUUGUGUCUCUUUUUGGUCAUUUUGCAUUUGUUUGUGUCUCUUUGCAGAUGUUUUACAUCUCUUUUUGGUUAUUUUCUCUCCCUUUAUGAUCACUCUGUGCAUCUUUAGUCAUUUUUAUCUCUUUGUGGUUGUUUUGUGCCUCUUUGUAGUCAAUAUGCAUCUGUAAGGGGGGUGAAGGGAUCAGUGUAUUUUGAAUAAAAAGGAUUCUUUGGAUCAGGUGGAGAGCAAACUGGAUAACCAAUGUGCACAAAAAUGUACUGAUAAAUGACAAUAAAACCCAGGCUAAAAACAAUUGAGACUUACAAGAAAUUAAAAUGUCCUAAAAAGA